AUGAGCUACCAGAAGGUCUGGAAGGCUAAAGGAUGCGUGUUGGAGGAUUUAAUGGGCUCGGUAGAGGAAAGUUAUGCUAAAUUGGCCAGAUAUUGCCAUAACACGGAGAAAACUAAUCACGACUCAGCAUUUUUUAUAGAGAUGGAGGCUGAGAACUGCUUCAAAUUCUUCUUUAUGCCUCUUGGACAAUGCAUUCAGGAAUUUCAAAAUGCUAUGCGACCCCUAAUUCUAGUCGACGGUACAAAUCUAAAAUCCAAAUACCAAGUUGAUAAUGAGAAUAAUCUGUCGAUGCGUUGGUUCUUCACAAAGCUCAGGGAAGUAAUUGGGAAAGUUGAGGACCUUGCAUUUGUAACCGAUCGGGGACAGUCUAUAAUAAAUGGUAUUGCUGAAGUUUUUCCAUGUGCACAUCAUGGGUAUUGCAUGUACUAUAUACAAGGCAACUUGAAAACCAGGUAUCGGGGCAAAGGCAUCAUUUCACAUUAUAGGAGAGCGAUCGAAGCUUAUCGUAUUGAAGAGUGUAAUAGGUACAUGAUUGAAAUAGAAAGCAAAUCAUUCUCGGCAUGGGACUAUCUAACGAAAAUGGGGAUUGAGCAUUGGGCAUGCUCAUAUUUUCUAGGACGUCAAUACAACAUGAUAACAUCAAACAACGCGGAGUCUCUCAAUUUAGAGAGUUUUUCAUGUGAGCAUGCAGUUGCAGUAGCUAUGUAUCGAGGAUUUGCAGCGAGAACAUUGUGCUCUCCUUAUUAUACUGCUGAAAACUGGAGAGCUGCGUAUGUUGAAAUCAUAUUUCCGCUUCCAAACGAAGCCGAAUGA